AAAAAACUUUCGCUUUAAUAUCAACAUAUUUUUAUUUUAUUUUAUUUUCUCUUUUUCUUUUAAUUCAAUCCUAUUUGACAUUAAAUGACAUCUUUAUAUAAAGUAUUGUUCGACUAUGAUACAGAUAAAGACGAUGAAUUAUCCCUUAAAGUAGGCGAAACAAUUCGUAUUACAAAUAAGGAUAGUCCUGACUGGUGGUUAGCAGAACGAUUCGGUAGUAAAGAAAGAGGUUUAGUACCAAGCAACUUUAUUGAAAAAAUACCUACUGAAGACAAAGGCAUGAAAUUGGCUGUUGUUACUCGAGAUUAUACUGCACAAGCACAAGAUGAACUAUCUUUAGAAAGGGAUAGAGUCAUUACUGUAUUAGACCAGAACAUUGCAGAAGGUUGGUGGAAAGGGAACUUGAACGGAAAGAUUGGUAUUUUUCCAGCCAAUCACGUGGAAUUUGUAGAAGAAAAUAGCCAUCCAGGUGAUGAAGAAAAUAAAACUAAGCAUGGAUUUAAAUUAGCUGCAUAUGGAGUAAAACAAGGUGGUAUAGGGAGUAUUUUAGCUGGUGGACUUCCUUUAAAAAGACAUUCAACAAGUAGUAAUAGAGGCUCUUUAAAUGAAAGACCUACCUCAAGUAAUUCUGUUAAUCAGCAUGAUAAGGCGCCAUCUAUUCCAACGAAGCCUCAUUCUUCACUUGCAGCUAAAGUGAAUGAUCAGUCUUCAAAUAAUACAAAUGCUGUUAACAAAAAUAAUUUGACGCUAAAAGCAAUGGCUAUUCAUGAUUAUAAGCCUGAGCAUGAAGAUGAACUUAAGCUUAUGAGAGGUGAAUAUAUUACAAUUAUUGAUAAAUUAGAAGAUAAUGGUUGGUGGAAAGGUGUAAAUGAAAGUGGAAUUACAGGUAUUUUCCCUUCAAAUUUUGUUCAAAUUCUAGAUGAUGAGAAGCCACCACAAAGACCAGUACGUGCAAGACCUGCUACUGUAAAGUCAGAAACAUCAACAACUGCCUCUAUCAAUACUAUGGACAAUAGUAAAGGAAUGGGACGUCCUCCUCCUGUACCAAUUACAACUCGCCCUACUUCUUUAUUGACAAAUCGUGAUAAUCAAAAUAGCAGUUCUUCUCAUUCAACUACAAUAGCAUCUCCUCCUCCUCCUCGUCCUGUUACUUUACCUCCUCCUCGACCCACGACUAUGCCACCUACUGUUCCAUCUACUGUACGCCGUACUAGUUCGAUUAUUUCUCCUCCAACUGUUGAUAUAAAUCAUCGGCAUGUCCCCUCUAUUCCUCUUGUAUCUCCUGAUUUACCACCAUUAUCACCUAUAUAUGAUCGUCCUACUAGAAUUCUUCCUAAUCCUAUCUCGACAAGCAACUCUAAUGAAACUAUAGUAUCCCCUCCUAGUCGCUCCUCUCGAAGUAGAAAUCUCGAAUCUGUCACUUCACCUACUGCAUCUCAUCUUCCAACACAUUCAAUGGCUAAACCUCCUAAAAUUAAUUUUGCUAAUAAAUCCAUUAAUAGCAAUAGCCAUGAUAAUAAUAUAGCUUCUCCUUCUCAAUCACCAUCGAGUCGACCUGUUUCGAUAAAUGAUAGUUUAGAGGAUAGCAGAAAGAGUAGUCUGAAUAACGAGACUACCCUUCCUCUUCCACCUAAAAGAUCAAUGCCUCCUGUUCCAGACAUUUCUAUUAAUGCAAAUAUAAAUGAAAGAAAGAGACCACCUCAUCCUUCAAUUGCACCACCUGCUGUACCCACAGUGACUGAUAUGGAUCCAAUGGAUGCCAAGAUUCGACAAAUUAUUAAAGUAGAAACUGAAAAAAUCCGUAAAGAAUUUGAAAAAAGAUUAGAAGAUGAACGCAUUGAGCGUCUUAAACUUCAAGCUGAGCUUGAGGAACUGAGGGCCUAUUUAAACCCAUAAUUUUUUUUAAAAAAAAAAAUAAUAAUAAUAAUAAAAAUUUGAUUUAGCUUGUUUGUUGUAUGUUUUAAUAUGUAUGAUACAGG